AUGGCCCCGUCCAACGACCUCCCUACCCACAUUCCAUCUUUUGCGAAACCGCUCGCUCCUUACGUCAAGCCCCGUCAGGAGGCUCUCCGCAUCCGCCAGGCAUUGACGUCGUACUUACGCUCCUUUAUCGUCUUCGCUGACGAUGCCGACCCUUCAAGCUACACCCAGUCGCAUCUCGCCUUAUGCGCGCCCACCGACGCCGUGGUCGAUGUCAAGCGCAUCCCUGCCGAUCUACCGGGCCUCCGAAAGGAAUACUUGAAGGCGCUGCAGGCCAAUGUCGCCGCUCGGAAUGACUAUCGCGCAGUAUCUGAAGACGUUGGCGCCCUGCGACGUCAGCGGGCGCCCAAGAGCCGCCCUGUCGAGGCGGGCGAUCCGCAGGAACCGGGAGCGGAUCUGCGAGGUUAUCUUCAGCUUCUGCGUGAUCGGCGGCGGCAUACCAAGCUUCAGGUAUUUCAACACUACCUAGAAGAGUUGAAAGCGAAGGAGGCGGAUGAAGUGGGGGAUAUAGGUGCAGGGGAAGAUUUGAGUCAACAACAGCUGUUACUGCUACCAGAGGGGCUGGACGCACAUGUGCCUGAUCCUAAUGGCGCAAAGACAGAUCUAGACGAUCUGGUACACAAACUUGAAAGAGCCGUUGUGCGUGCUCGGACUCGAUUGGACCAGGAGAAGCAUUUAUUCGAGAAAAUCAAGGUGCAGCAUGCCUCGAGGAAUGAUGCGUCUCCAGAUGAGGUCACAUCUGAUGUGAAGGCGCGAGCAUUGCAGCGGACGCGCGAUGAGCUCGUACAAUGGGUUGAGGAACGGCUGGUCAGUGAUGGUGACCCCGACGAAAGUCUUAUACAAGACCUUCCGCCCGAAGAAAUCGAAGAAGCUCAGCGACUGCUGGAGCAUCAGAAGAUACAAAUCAGCGAGCAGUAUGCUAUGUAUCUCCAAGCACGCCGAGAUCUUCUCGAUGCGGCCUCUCGUGCUUGCCAACCCGUGGCCGUGACCUCCAAACCCCCUCCACGACCAACAUACAGAAACGAGAUCGUCUCGGAAGAGAUACCAGCACCAGACCCACUAGACGUUCUAUCCUACACCAACGAAACACUUGUACCACUCUCCAAGAGCCAAAAGACCCUCGCGCUCCAGAAAUCCUAUCUCACCGGACUUCUCGCCAAAGAGAAAUCCACCACCCUCCGCGCCCUCCACCGUCUCUCCGACGAGAGCCACCUCCUCCCCGAAUACCCCAUCCUCACCCGACAGCCACGCUUCAAGCACGCCGUCGCGGCCCUCAACUCCCGCAAUUCCCCUCAGUCCAUCGACCGAGCCCAACCCGACGAAGUGGUCGACCUCGCCGAAGCAUGGGCCUUUGCCUCUGACGCUGCGGCGACCGGUGAGCGAGACUACGUGCAACAAAAGGUCAUCUUAGGUACAGAGGUUGCCCAAGAUGCGCGCAAGUUGCUGGGCGAGGUUUAUGGAACCCUCAAUCAGGAUCUAGAUGAGGUGUUGCGAGAGGGUGCCGAGCGGGAUCGAGAUGCGUCUGAUAUUUGGGCCUCGGAGGCUCGGUCAACCCGUAAGGGUGGAAUGGGUUUGUCGGGCGGGUCGAGGCUGGAGAAACGACCGAAGGGCCCUUGGUCAGGGUUGAAUGGGCGUGUUGGAACUGAGUGA